GUGUGCGCGAAACCGCCGAGGCCCUGCAGACGGCCUGGGCCGUUUGUCGCACGCAUCCACACGCCGUGCCGCGGACUCGAGUGUCCGCCCACGCGUGGGCGCCCAGUGUCACCGGCUUUCGAGGUCCCACCUCCGCGCCCAGGCCCAGGUUUUGGGCUCCCUGUGUUGGUGGCAAGGGCUGGCUUCCUGCCGCGGGUGGCUGGAGGGGAUUAUGACCUAUAGGGGGUUGCAGGAGAAGGCGCCACAGGUGUUCCCUGGACUCCUUCUCCGGGGGACUGGGCCAGAUGGGCUAGCGUCGCGGGCACUGGGGCCGUCUGGGAGGCGGAGGAUGGCUUCUGAUGGGGGAGGGAGGGGGUGUCCACUAGGGAAGGUGCACAGCUAGCGGCGACAACUCAAGUCAGGGAAAUUUCUCAUUGACAUCAAGCCAAAGAAGCUCUUCCUUUCCCAAAUGAUUUGAAUUUUGAGAGAAAAGUUCUGGUAUUGAGAUAUCUGUAUAUUUUGUCUCUUUUCCUGCACAUAAAUCCUGCAGCCGUCACUUGGACUGGCUGGGAGGGGAUGAGGAAAGGGGCUGGAGGGUUUUUUGUUUUUGCUCAAGAUAUGCAAAAGACUUGGAGUGCAGUUUUAUUCAACUGCAGCCCCCUCCCCCACGAUUGUAGUCCCUAGUACCUGGCUGAGGGCAGUGGAGGGUAACUAAGUGGCUUUGGGGUGGGGCAGGGCAGUGCCCAAGGACUGUUCAACAGGUUCCAAACUGGAGCUUUCUGUCUUCUCUUUACAGCCAACAUGCCCAUCACUCGAAUGCGCAUGAGACCCUGGCUAGAGAUGCAGAUUAAUUCCAACCAAAUCCCAGGGUUGAUCUGGAUUAAUAAAGAAGAGAUGAUCUUCCAGAUCCCUUGGAAGCAUGCUGCCAAGCAUGGCUGGGACAUCAACAAGGAUGCCUGUCUGUUCCGGAGUUGGGCCAUUCACACAGGCCGAUACAAAGCAGGGGAAAAGGAGCCAGAUCCCAAGACGUGGAAGGCCAACUUUCGCUGUGCCAUGAACUCCCUGCCAGAUAUUGAGGAGGUGAAGGACCAGAGCAGGAACAAGGGCAGCUCUGCAGUGCGGGUGUACCGGAUGCUCCCGCCUCUCACCAAGAACCAGAGGAAAGAGAGAAAGUCCAAGUCUAGCCGAGAUGCUAAGAGCAAGGCCAAGAGGAAGUCAUAUGGGGAUUCCAGCCCUGAUACCUUCUCUGACGGACUCAGCAGCUCCACUCUGCCUGACGACCACAGCAGCUACACUGCUCAGGGCUAUGUGGGGCAGGACUUGGAUGUAGACCUGACUCCAGCGCUGUCACCAUGUGUCGUCAGUAGCACUCUCCCCGACUGGCAAAUCCCGCUGGAAGUUGUGCCAGAUAGCACCAGUGACCUGUACAGCUUCCAGGUGUCACCCAUGCCCUCCGCCUCAGAAGCUGCCACGGAUGAGGAUGAGGAAGGGAAGUUAACUGAUGACAUCAUGAAGCUUUUCGAGCAGUCGGAGUGGCAGCCGACCAGCGUGGAUGGGAAGGGGUACCUGCUCAACGAACCUGGAGCCCAGCCCACUUCCAUGUACGGAGAGUUCAGCUGCAAAGAGGUGUCAGACAUUGACAGUCCUGGCGGGGAUAUCGGGCUGAGCCUACACCGUGUCUUCACAGAUCUGAAGAACAUGGACUCCAGCUGGCUGGACAGCGUGCUGCCCCCGGUCAGGAUGACCUCCAUCCAGGCCAUUCCGUGUGUGCCGUAGCUGGGCCUGGCCCCCUCGGAUACCCUAGGCAGGCAGGGCCUGGCAGCAUGAUGGCUGUGGAGCAGAGACACUGGACUCCUGUGGGCCCCUCGACUUAGCCCAGUGUGACCUCACUGUCAAGUGGGGUGGGGCCUCCCCUUUGAGUCAGUGGCCUCUCGGGGCCUCUGGCAGGCCAGGUCUGGCUUUGUCUCAUGGGAUAAAGCUGGCCCUGUGUCCUGGGAAGAUGGGGCUCUGAGACUGCUGUGUCAGGUGGGGGACUCAGAAGAGUCAGCCUCAAGCUUUUCCCUGUGAGCCCAGCUGCCUGGAGAGGAUGUCACUGUCACUGGCUGGCUCGGAGGCGGACAGACAGUGACCUCAGAAGAGCACAGCACCAGUCCCAGGGCUGGCUCUGCACUAAAAGACAGUUGCACUAAGUGAAUCCUAUUCCCAAAGAACCACAUCCCUUCCCAGCUGAGCCCUGGGACUGUUCUAGAGCCAGUGAAAUGUGAAGGAAGACAGAGUCCGGCAGGGCCUGGCUGCCUUAGCCUCCAAGGAGCUCCGCCCUGUGCCCUGCUCUGGCUUAGGGGCGUGGGAAAAACACGGCACUUUUUCUUGUGGACAUCGCCACAUUUCUGAUCAGAGGUGUACACUAACGCUCCCCAAUCUCCCGGCCUUUGCGUUUAUUUAUACAGUGCCUUGCCUGGCGUCCACCACCCCUGCAGCCCCACAGCCCGCAGCAGGCCCAGGGAGGGAAGGGUGAGCGCCUUGGUGUGACUUUAAAAAUUGGAAAUGCCAUCUAACCACUAAGUCAUGUGUGACCACAUAUGACGUGUAUAAUAUGUAGAUUUGUCUUUUUAUAAAAAGUUAAUUGUU